AUGAAGGCUGGCGACGACGACGAGUACGAUGCGCAAGUCGAAGUCAUUGCGCCGCGGAGCCGCCACCGCUACUUCCGCCCCGAGGUUCCGCUGUACGAGGUCGUGAGCUACGACGGUCACUUUGAAGUGCGCGAGCGGCCACAAACCAAGUUGGCGGCGACGGCCAAGGCGCGCUCGUCCAAUACCUCGCCGUACAAGGCUGCGGCCUCCAAGAAGCGCCCGCGCCCCCAGUCGUCGCACCGCGUCGUUCGCGCCGUACUGGACGAGCGCGCGAAAACUGCACCGCCGCCAAUGGUCCCACUGAAGAGCCCACGGCAGUUGCAGCCGCUGACGCAGCCCCCCGAGGUGCGGCCCCAUAUACAACGGCCCACCGCCGAGGUGCUCGACGCCCAGAUCGUUGUGCGUGAAGGCAUUCUCGCAAGCAUGGCCAAGCUCUGCGCGCGCCCGCACCUCGCCACGUCACCGACGCGGCUCAUUCAGCUCGUCCAGCUCUGCCAGCGGCUUCGGCAGCACACGAUGGACAUUGUGGCCCACCACGGACCGUCAGUCGCUGCAUACCUCACCAAGAUGGCCACGGACACCAACUUUCUGCACAAAGCGCCUGUCUUGCUGCAAGCGCUGGGCGUCGAAAGCCUCGUGUGCAACCCUCUGCUGUGCGCGAUUCCGCUCACGCAACCGGAACUCGCAGCGUACGUUGUCUUUCGACGGCCCCGCGACCGCGACGAGCUUCUGCGACGCCUGCGAGCGACCAACGAGGUCGACGAGACGCGGCUCCUCGAGGCGCUCGUCGUGCUAUCGACGGCGAUGGCCGCAGCGCCACCCACAUCCGAAGAUGACGAUGCGCUCGAGACACACCGCGUGCAACCGGAACUGGACAUGCCAUCGAAAACAGAGUCUUUUGUGACCGCACCACGCGACGACGACGACGACGACGACGACGGUCGACGCGAGAUAGAGACCACGUACGACGACGAUGCGAGCGACGAGCUGCAGAGCGCCGACGAGGACGACGGCGCAACCUUUGGCACCGUGGCGUCGCUCUGUGACGCGAUGCAGGCCGACCUCAAAUCGCACUUUGGCGCGCACACAAACAUGUGGGCGUUGGCACCAGAGCCCGCCGACGACCCCGUCAACGAGCCCCACGUCGUCGACCCCGUCCUCAAGCCCUCACCGAGUCUCGAGUCGCCGGGUGCGUGGAGCGCAGACGACGCCGUCCAUAUCUACGAAGAGGCGCUGACGCUGCGCUGUUUUCGAGCUUGGCGCGCGUGGCGGAGCCGAGAGCGCGCCAAAGUAGCCAUGGCGACGAUGCAUCGAACGCGCCGCGUGCACCGGCUUUUCCGGGCGUGGCACCGGCUCAGUCGUGGGCGGCCGCUGCGAGCUCGCUGCCGCCGCCGACGCUUCUUUCUGCUCUGGCGACGCGCCCGAUUUCCAUGA